AACAAUUUUAAGCCAAAUGCAAGUCUUCCUUUCCACCUAAACCCAUAAUUUAUUACUACUUUUUGGCUAAUUUUCAUUUUGCAAAUUUACAACUUUCUUCUUCUUCUUCAAAAAUGUCAUCAACCAAUUCACAAAAACUUCAUUUCGUGUUAAUCCCAUUACUAGCUCAAGGCCAUAUGAUUCCUAUGAUAGAUAUGGCUAGGCUAUUCGCCGAAAAUGGCGUAAAAGUAAGCUUAGUAACUACACCACACAACGCUUCAAGAUUUGCAACAAUUAUCAAUCGGUCAAGAGAAUCCGAGGGAAAAGAAAUUGAACUCAUACAAAUCCCAUUUCCUAGUGAAGAAGUUGGUUUACCACCUGGUUGUGAAAAUCUUGAUAGCGUUCCUUCACGUGACCUUAUAAGAAAUUUUUAUACAGCACUUAACACGUUACAAAAACCAGUAGAAAUUUUUUUGACAGAGCAUGAUUUUCCUCCGAGCUGCAUAAUUUCAGAUAAGUGUCUCUCUUGGACUUCACAAAUAGCACGAAAAUUCAACGUCCCGAGGCUUGUUUUCCACGGGAUGUGUUGUUUUUCUUUGUUAAGUUCUCAUAAUUUAAAAAUUCAUAGGCCUUAUUUGCAUGUCAAAUCCGAUACAGAACGUUUCGUUGUACCAGGACUUCCCAUGCAUAAUAUUGAAAUAUCGAAAAAUCAGCUUCCAGGUGCGUUCAUGCAAUUACCUGACCUAGAUGAUAUUCGGGACAAAAUGGAAGAGGCUGAAUCAAGUGCAUAUGGAGUAGUGGUCAACACAUAUACAGAAUUGGAGAAUGGAUGUGUAGAGGAAUAUAGCAAAGCUAUUAACAAAAAGGUAUGGUGCAUUGGACCAGUUUCACUUUGCAAUAAGAAUAUUUUAGAUAUGUAUCAAAGAGGGAAUAAACCUUCAAUUGAUGAAAAACAAUGUAUAAAAUGGCUUCAUACUAUGAAAAAUAAGUCCGUUCUAUACUGUUGCCUUGGUAGUCAAUGCAGACUAAUCGCGUCGCAGUUAAUAGAAAUUGGUCUUGGAUUAGAAGCAUCAAAUUGGCCAUUUAUUUGGGUAAUUAAGAAUGGCCAAAAAUUAGAUCCCCAGUUGGAGAAAUGGCUAAUGGUUGAAAAUUUUGAGGAGAGAAUCAAAGGGAGAGGACUUGUAAUUAAAGGUUGGGCCCCACAAGUUUUAAUAUUGUCACAUCCAGCAAUUAAAGGAUUCUUGACGCAUUGUGGUUGGAAUUCCACGAUAGAAAGUGUGAGUUGUGGUGUGCCUAUGAUAACAUGGCCAAUGUUUGCGGAACAAUUCUUCAAUGAAAAACUCAUUGUUGAAGUUUUGAGAAUUGGAGUUCAAGUUGGUGUUGAAAUUCCUGUUAGAUGGGGAGAGGAAGAGAAAGUUGGAGUAUUAGUGCACAAAGUACAAGUUGCAAAUGCAGUGGAGAAACUAAUGGAUGGAGGAGAAGAAGGGGAAAUGAGAAGAAAUAAAGCUAAAGAACUUGGAUUGGUAGCAAGGAGAACUAUGGAAGAAAAUGGAACUUCUCGUAUCAACAUAUUGAACCUCAUUCAGGACCUCUUAAACCAGUCGUAAGUUAUAUGUACUGACAGUAUAAAGAAUUUUUAUACUAUCAAUAAAAUUUAAUUUUGUUAUUGCAUUUAUUUCCAAGUUAUAACAUAUGCAUGAUAUGAAGAGU